UUUUGUCUGCGUGCGGAGAGAGAGAGGGAGAGAGAGAGAGAGAGAGAGAUGGCGAAGAUGGCGGGAUUAGGGUGUGAGCCGGUGGUGGGAUCAUUGGCGCCGUCGAAGAAGAGAGAGUACAGAGUGACGAACAGGCUCCAAGAGGGCAAGCGCCCCAUCUACGCCGUCGUUUUCAACUUCGUCGACUCUCGCUACUUCAACGUCUUCGCCACCGUCGGCGGAAAUCGGGUGACUGUAUACCAAUGUCUUGAAGGGGGUGUUAUUGCCGUGUUGCAGUCUUACAUUGAUGAAGAUAAGGAUGAGUCGUUUUACACUGUGAGCUGGGCAUGCAAUAUUGAUGGAACCCCUUUUUUAGUUGCUGGAGGAAUCAAUGGCAUAAUCCGCGUCAUUGACGCUGGUAAUGAGAAGAUACACAAGAGUUUCGUCGGUCAUGGGGACUCAAUAAAUGAAAUAAGGACUCAGGCGUUAAAACCAUCACUUGUAGUGUCUGCAAGCAAAGAUGAAUCAGUUCGACUGUGGAAUGUUCACACUGGUAUUUGCAUUUUGAUUUUUGCUGGUGCUGGGGGUCAUCGCAAUGAAGUCUUGAGUGUGGACUUCCAUCCUUCAGACAUGUAUCGCAUUGCAAGUUGUGGAAUGGAUAAUACCGUUAAGAUCUGGUCAAUGAAAGAAUUCUGGACUUAUGUUGAGAAAUCAUUCACAUGGACAGACCUUCCUUCAAAAUUCCCCACGAAAUAUGUCCAGUUCCCUACAUUUAUAGCUUCUGUUCACUCGAACUAUGUAGACUGUAAUCGGUGGCUAGGGGAUUUUUUACUGUCAAAGAGUGUUGACAACGAAAUUGUAUUGUGGGAACCAAAGAUGAAGGAACAGUCUCCUGGAGAGGGUUCAGUUGACAUUCUUCAAAAAUACCCAGUUCCAGAGUGUGAUAUUUGGUUUAUCAAGUUUUCAUGUGAUUUUCACUUCAAUGCAGCAGCUAUAGGGAAUAGGGAAGGGAAGAUUUAUGUAUGGGAACUGCAAUCAAGCCCUCCAGUUCUAAUUGCAAGGCUGUCUCAUAUUCAAUCGAAAUCACCAAUUAGACAGACUGCCAUGUCCUUCGAUGGAAGCACCAUCCUCAGUUGCUGCGAGGACGGAACAAUCUGGCGAUGGGACACUGUAGCAACUUCCUGAAGUCCUCUGUUUUGAGGCUCCUUUAAAAAGGCACAUAGUUCUUGAAGGAGCACUGUUUAUUUGCUGGCUUAAAGAACAAAGGAAGACAGAGAAUUGCUGAAGCUGGCUGAAAGCCUAAAUGUUGUUUCAUCUGAAGGGCCAAAUGUAGUUGAAAUUGUUGUAUUUGAAGUGGAGAGGCUUUGACUUGCCUAAGACAUUUAAACAAUCAUCCAUUCAUGGAUGCUAUCUAGAUGCCCUCUUUCUUGUCCUUUUCUUCUAUAUAAAGUUUUUACUUUUAGAUGUUUGAAAGUUGGGAAAUUCUAUCUUAUUACUAUUC